UGCUUCCGGUUGGCGGGUUUGUUUUGAGAAUAGUUGAAGAUGGCGACGGCGGGUUCCGCCGAGCGGCCCGGCAGCCCGGUCCGACCCGGAGCGGGUCCGGCGGGGUCCGGAGCGGGGCCCAGAGCCGGGUCCCGGUCCCGGUCGCGGUCGCGGUCCGGGCCGCCGCCGGGGGCAGAGGACGGACCGGACCGCUGCGCUCCGUCCGGCGGCGGCGGCUCGGCCCGCGGACACCCGGCCCACAGACACUCCGAUGGGGAGCGGCUCCGCAGGAGGAGCGACCCCGAGAGGAGCAGCAGCAGGCCGGCCCGGAGGGACGGAGACUGCCGCAGAGACCUCUUCGUCUCUCCAGCUCUGAUCAACAAGUCUUCAGACCCGUUUCCAGGAAAACUCAAGGGCGAGGACAGAGACGAGUCGAGGAGGAAGAAUUCUGAGUUUGGAUGGACGCGGCGCGACGACGAGCCGGGCGUCCUGUCGGACUCGGAGAACGAGGAGCCAAUCAGCCGCCAGAUCAGGAACAUCUCGAGCUUCAUCAGGAGGACCAAGAACUCCUCGUCCCUCCUCGCCGUCGGCUGUCAGAGGAGUCGCAGCUGCACCGACCCGGUGGAGGACCGGGGGGGAAAGCUGAAGGCGGCGGUCCUGCCGGCGGCCAUGAUGGAGCGGGUGGGAAUCAGCCACAGCUUCGCCGCCGGCAUCCUGCUGUCGUCGGAGAACAGCCGCUCCGUGUCGGCGCCCACCGUGGCCCCGGAGCGGCGGCCGGCCUGGCGGGCGGUGCUGACCCCGUCCACGCCGCCCGUCCUGCCGCCGCCGCGGCCCGAGCGCUCCAUCAGCCCCGAGAGCAACGACAGCAUCUCGGAGGAGCUCAACCACUUCAAGCCCAUCGUGUGCUCGCCGUGCACGCCGCCCAAGCGGCUGCCGGACGGCCGCCUGGUGGAGCCCACCAUCGUCAAGUCGACGCCGCGGAACCUGACGCGCGGCCUGCAGAAGGCCACCAGCUACGAGGCCAGCCCCGCCGUGCUGCAGAAGUGGCGGCAGAUCGAGCUGGACCGCCAGAGCCUGAAGGUCAGCUCCCGGUCCACGCUCACCAGCCCCGUGUCCGAGCUCCACGCCCGCGCCAACGGCGGCGAGGACGGCGCCAGGGCCCGGCCGUCCGCCAACAAGAGGCGGCUGCUGUUCGAGCCUCCGGACGCCGACGGCCUCCAGAGGCAGUCGGUGAAGAUCCGCGUCCCCGCCGUGCGCUACGGCGCCGCCGCCCCCAGGCCCGGCCCGGACCUGGAGGCCGGCGUGGGCGGCGCCGAGCCCUGCGGCGUGGGGGCGCUGUUCUCGCCGCUGUCCAAGAACUCUGGUUUCCAGUUGUGUAAGUUAGUGCCAAAGGACUCGCAGAGUCCCCAGAAGGAUCCGGGCGACAGUAGCAUCCACAACCAGUCUACCUCCAGGAGGGGCAAGAAGAGGAAGCAGAAGACCAAACACCUGGACCCGGGCGCCGCCGCCGCCGCCCGCGACGCCCGGCAGCUGCAGCAGGAGCGGCAGGACCGGGCGCUGGCGCUCCGGCUGCAGAGACAGUUCGACCUGGAGAACCAGAGCGCCCCCCGCAGGCGGAGCCCCGACGCCUACUGCCUGCGCUCCUGGAUGUCCAGUCAGAACCGCAGGAGGCGUGGCCUCCGCAGCUCCCGGCGAAUCGGCAAGAAGCUGUGAGGCGCCGCCGCCGACAAGAAGCGAUAUAUGCAAAGAGACGAGGUUGAAUGAACGUGUGAAUGUUUUUCUAUGAAAACCCAAACACCAGCAGAUCACCAAAAACUGAGCUCGCUCAGACCCAGCCAGAGCCGCCGCCGCCGCCGCGUCACAAGGUCCUGCGGUCCUGGCUCCAAUCGGUGGUCAUCCUCCUCCUCCUCCUCCUCCGGGGAUUUCUUGCCACAUGGCGCUCCACCGGUCCCGUUUCCAGGAAUGAACGGCACACGCCGAUGACGUUUUAUUCCUCCGCCGCCGCGUUGAUUCCGGUUGUUUCCGUCGUCCAAUCAGCACACAGCAAGCUUCAUGUCGCGUCCAAAGUUAGAGAUUCAUGUCGUACAGUAUUGGCGGAUUGUGAACUUGUAAGAUUGUUAUAAUCGCACAGUGAGAAGGAGCCUUACCCCCCCACCUCCCCCCCCCCGCCGCCGCCCCCCGCUCCACCAUCCGGACCACUGGCACAGCUGAUCAUGUUUCUGGGUCCUGAAGUUUGGUUCCACCUGGUUUUAUCACAAAGACACUAAACUGUGGCCCCGUUUACAGAGAGCCGGCGAUGACACCCCGUCUCCAUGGAAACGGUGAGAACACUGUCUCUAUGGAGACGGGGGCUCACAGGGUCAGGGUCCCGGAUCCCAGGGAUGGCCCUGGUUUGGUUCAGGGUCCCUUGCAGAGCCCGGGCAGAAGAACACUUUGUUUUGCAAGCUGAAGUGAUUUAUUUCCAAUAAAAUAAAGUCCUGA